GUAUCGAAUCGAGUGAAGCAUUCAGAAGCGUUCUUGUUCUUGUUCAGCGGAUACAUACAUCGACAUUAGUUCAUCAAACCAUACGUUGCUGCUUGUGGAGAAUCGCUUUCUGCAUGUGAUAGAUUAAAUUAUUUAGUUAUCGCCAUCUGCAUCGCUGAUAAAUACUUAUUACAAUUUAAAUUUAUUUGUUUGGCCUCAACUAUGGAAUAGUGAAAUCAUUGAAGUGAAUGAGCAGCUUCCCUACGACUGAACGACUUCGCGGUGGAACCUGUUUUUCUACUGUAUUAUGUAGUGGCAUUGGCAGCCAGUCAACCCACAGAUAUGGAUCGUUCGCGGGGCCACAGGUGUGAAUGGGUAUGGAAUUAGUCGAACAAUAAUAGACAUCUUGCUGAUAGUCACCUCUAUCGGCGUCGAACCCGUUAGACAGCAGUUUGGAAUUUCGGUGCCCCACCUGGCAGCAUGGUCCUAUCGUAUGUCACCCCGUAUAUCCGGCACAUCGUGGUAAUCGGAUUGGCUGCAGUGCUGUUCGCCUUUCUGUCGCGGGAACCAACUGGCGGUGUCGGUAAGGAAUCCCAUGAGGAACGGGCGGUCCAUAAUGCAGGGGAGCAGCUGUUCACGGAACAAGAACUGGCCAAGUACGAUGGCCGCGACGGGAGCAAGGGAUUGUACCUGGUCAUCCUCGGCUAUGUGUACGACGUGCAGAAAGGGGUGAAGCACUACGGACCCGGUGAAGCGUACAACAUGUUUGUGGGUCACGAUGCGUCAAGGUCGUUUAUCUCCGGAGACUUUGAGGAGUACGACUCCGAAAUGUCCGACGUAUCUUCGCUGACGGAUUCUGAGGUGAAAAGCAUUGUAAAAUGGAAAUCGUUCUACGACGAGAACUAUGUUUAUAAGGGAAAAGUCAUAGGCCGAUAUUUCGAUAAGAAUGGAGACUUUACCGAGUACCACAAGGUGGUUUUGGAACGAGUGGCUAGAGCAGAGGAGGCAGAAUCUAAGCCGAAGCAGGAAUUCCCGUCUUGCAAUGUUGAAUGGAAGCAGGAGACGGGGACGAAAGUGUGGUGCUCGUCAAGAAGCGGAGACGGUAUCGAGCGGGGCUGGGUGGGGAAACCUCGAAGGUAUGUCAAAGAGGAGGACAAAACUCCGUACUGCGUGUGCGUGCCGGAUGGCUCGGAGGGAGGUAAUCUAGUGCCUUUUGACAAUUGUGAUUCGGCUAGCGAGGAGUGUUAUGUGAGGGAUGACAAAUGAAGUGCUACAAGCAGUAUUUAAUGCAGCAGGCAGUAACAAUGCAAUAAAUGUAGUGUAUUGUAAAUACUAAAAGA